AUGUUGAAUACGGUCCAUGAGAUAUCCGGCAGUAGCUGGGUGUCCACCAUUUGCCUAGUGGCUGUUGGUUUUCGAGCUCUCACACUCUACUUCAACGUUCGGUACGCCUUGGUCUUCACUGGGGAUAACGACAGAUUCGACCGCAAAGUUGAGGAGUAUCGACAAGAGCUCAGCAAGCAUGGCAUUGGACGGAAUCCCUUCCAAGGCAUGGGGUUCCUAUUCGGUAUCCAAACACCAUGGAUACUCACACUAUUCGGGGCUAUCAGAGGUAUGGCAACCCAUCCAGACGUCUUCAGAUCGGCCUGCCUCGACUCCAGCUUCCUAUGGUGCCCUAGCCUAAUGCUAGCAGAUCCAUACGGUAUCCUACCGUUGGCAUCGUCGGUCAUGGCGAUAGCGGCAGCUAGGGCUCAGAUGAAGUUGGUACCAAACGUUCCCAUGUCCAAAGCUCGGCAUGUGAAAGUGACAACAAUAGAAGAGGAGCCCAGACUGGCAGGUAGAGGCGGGAUAUCUCCUGCUAAGAUUCGGGAAUGCUUUGAAGUAUGGGACUCUGAUGGUGAUGGGAAAUUGAAUCCUAGCGAGCUUCGUAGUGCGAUAAGAAGCCUUGCCUUGGACUAUGCAGAAAGGGAGAUUGAUAGACUAUGUUAUGGGGAGAAGUUCCCAGUGGAACAAGGUGUGGAUUACUAUACACUCCUCAACCUAGCAUCAGCGAGACCAUCCAGGCUCAGUACCGAAGCCGGAGUUGCCGAGCUCAAUCAGGUGUGCCAUACCAAUUGGCCUAGCCCACGAUCCUGUCUACGAGAUCCCAUACUCAUACUCAGGAUAACCCAAGUACUGCUAUCGAAUAAGCUUGCUGAGUGCUCAAGUGCCCCACUAUGUACCAUCAGUAGCCCGACAACAGCUUUGGUGGAAACCCUACCUGACAAGCAGAUGGACAUAAAUGCCCUGCGGUGUAAGGAGGAGAUACGUAGGAUGUUUGCACGGUUCGGUAGGGAGAAUGAAAGGAUAGUGAGGAGUACAUUGAAAGAGGUUGGGCAAUAUGACGAUAACACUAAGGCUACUUUGAGAAUAUUUCAUUUGCAGGAGCUCUCAGGGACAGCCUUUAAAGACAGACACCUGAGAGUUGAUAAGAGGUACUUGGACCUGCGUAAAGGGGUUCUCAAGGGUAUACCAGAAUAUAACCCAUCACAACUCACCGCGGUUGCACUAGCAGGGGGCAAGCUGAAGAUAAGCUCUCCAGCACUAUGGACCCCUCUUGUGAGGAAGGUGGCUACCUACGUCGCCCACCAUGCAUGGUCAAAGGCGUACCGUUAUAUCGCUUUCCAUUAUAAUGAGAAGCUGAGCAAUGGCAAGAUACCACCAAAACAGAUGUGUGUGGUACUCCAUGAGUUCUCCAAGAUUGGCCUCCUACCAACGAGAGCGAUACAUAGGAUGUCCAAUAGAGUUCGACGAGAAAUAACAAGUCUCGAUGGGAAGACAUUGACACUUCUAGCCACCGCCCUUGGACGAUUAAAGCACGCGGAUGUUGCCAUGUUCAGGGCUAUCGGACGGACAGUGGCCUCUCCCGAGGUUUGGCUUACCAUAACAGAUCGGCAAACAGCUAUGUUGGCCUAUGCUUACUCACGAGUUAACAUACGCAACAUUCCCUUCUUGAGAUCACUUUGUGAUCGUCUCGCCAACAUGCCAGAGUCCCAUCGGCUGCAGCCCCUAACUGUCAUCACUCUAGCGUUCUCUUUAGCUACACUAGGCAUCCGGGAUAAGAGGGCCUGGAAAGGGUGUUUGAUACCAAAGUUCCGACAGAAGAUAAAGUUCCAUUCUCCACAGCAUCUAGCUGCUAUGAUCAACAGUAUGGCUAAGGUCGGGGUAUGGGAUGACGAACUGGGGAAGAGGAUAGCGAAGAGGGCAAUACAAGUGAGGAGAGCGUUUUCUACAAGGCAGCUCUGCAACAUCCUCAAUGGAUUCAUAAUGAGCAAGCACUAUCAUCAGGAGCUGUUUGUUGCUCUAAUGGCGGAGUUCUACCGUAGUGGUAACAUAGGCGAUGAGCAGCAUAUAGCCAAGCCACAUGUUACGCAGAUGUCUCGCGUCAUGUUUGGUCUGAUUUUGGAACAUCCAGAUUUCGUCGAGCACGCUACUGAAACACAGCGGUUGCUCAUGAACAGGUUUUCUAAUAGCAAGAUAACGGACCACCGCCCUUUGAGGCAGUACCAUCUUGAUCUAGCUGUAGCAUUGGAGGCUCUGGGCUGUGAUGCCGGCUACGCAACCCUUGUAAAGGAAGGCCCCUAUUGGUAA